AGCCUGUCGUAGUAACAAAUGCAAGUAUUCAAGUGUACGCGUUUUCAAACGCAUCUCAGUCUAAAAUAGUCUACAAGCACGCGAACACCGGCUUCUUCUUUGUAUUAUUUUUCCCCUCUGACUUCUUCUUCUGUUCCUUCUCCUCCUCCUUCUUCUUAUCAGCUUUACCCAAUUCCUUUCGAAAGUUUAUUUUUUUCCUGCAAAUUCCUGCUUUUUGAGCUGCAUACUCCAACCCCUAUUCAGUUCGUUCAUGAUUGAGGUCCACUUGGUUUGAAGCGGGAGAGGAUGAAGCACGGUCGGCAAGCGAACCGCUUGAAGGAUCGUGUAGGAGUGGGAUUCUUGUUGAUGGUUUUCGUGUUUUGCCAAGAUCUCGGUAUCUGCCGGUGCUUAAACGAAGAAGGCUUGGCUCUGUUGAGGGUAAGGGAUAAGGUAGUCAGUGACCCUUUUGGAAGUUUGAGAAAUUGGAAGGAAGAUGAUGGAGAGAUUGAUCCGUGCUCGUGGUUUGGCGUUGAGUGUUCCGAUGGAAAAGUUGUGGCUUUGAACUUAAGAGAUCUUUGUCUCGGAGGAACUCUGGCACCUGAGAUUGGAAACCUGGUUCACAUUAGAGCCAUUAUUCUGCGUAACAACAUUUUCUCUGGAGUCAUUCCAGAAGAAAUUGGUGAGUUAAAGGAGCUGGAGGUGUUGGAUUUGGGAUACAAUAACUUCAGUGGGCCAUUACCAUAUAAGCUUGGAAAUAAUUUUUCACUAGCAAUCCUCCUUGUGGACAACAAUGAGCUUCUAACUGCAUCCUCUCCUGAAAUCCAAGAGCUCACAUUAGCGUCUGAAUCUCAAGUAGAUGAGAACCAUCUGUCAAUUGCUGCAAACAAAUUAGCUUGCAAAAUGAGAUGCAAUGCAUGGAAAGUGGAACAAACGAGCAAUGUCAUUCAUCGCAGAGUUCUUGCUGCUCAGGAUCAUCCAGCCAGAGCCCCAGCCCCCAGAGCCCCAGCCCCAGCCUCAGCCCCAGCCCCAGCCCCAGCCCCUGCCCACAGCACACCCUCAACCCCAGCCCCUGCCCCCAGCACACCCUCAACCCCAGCCCCUGCCCCCAGCACACCCUCAGCCCCAGCCCCAGCCUCAGCCUCAAACUCACCUGCAUCUUUAGCACCCAAUGUAAGAAACACUCCAGCAAUCAUAGGUGGAGCGGUUGGAGGCUCGUUUCUUAUUUUGAUUACAAUCCUCGGCGUGUAUCUAUACAGAAGCAAUAAGGUGGCCACUGUCAAACCUUGGGCCACAGGUUUAAGCGGACAGCUGCAGAAGGCAUUUGUUACCGGUUUACCAAAGCUGAAGAGAGCAGAGGUUGAAGCAGCAUGUGAAGAUUUCAGCAAUGUGGUUGGCUCUUCCUCCAUUGGCACAAUUUAUAAAGGAACUUUGUCUAGCGGUGUGGAAAUUGCCGUGGCAUCUGUUGCAGUAAAAUCAUCGAAGGAUUGGUCAAAGAAUUUGGAAGUGCAGUUCAGAAAUAUGGUUGGCACUCUGUCAAAAGUAAAUCAUAAGAAUUUCAUCAAUCUUCUCGGAUACUGCGAGGAAGAGGAACCAUUUACGAGGAUGAUGGUUUUUGAAUACGCUCCCAAUGGGACUCUCUUUGAGCAUUUACAUAUUAAAGAAUCCGAGCACCUAGACUGGGGAAUGCGGCUGAGAAUUGCGAUGGGCAUGGCAUAUUGCCUCGAGCACAUGCAUUUGAUGAACCCGCCAAUGGUGCACAAGAACUUGAACUCUUCAGCCGUCACCCUCACCGAAGAUUACGCCGCCAAGAUCUGUGACUUCAAUUUCUGGAACCACAUGGCUGCAGCCAAGAUUGAACAAUCUGGAAUAGACCUCUUAAACACCGUUUCUACCUCACGAGGACCCAGGAGCAAUGUUUACAGCUUCGGCGUAAUACUGUUUGAAAUGGUAACCGGUAGGCUUCCUUAUUCAGUAGAUAACGGCUCCGUUGAAGAUUGGGCUUCGGAUUAUUUGAGAGGAGAGCAACCUCUCAGGGGAAUGGUGGAUCCAAGCCUUGAUUCUUGUCAAGAGGAACAGGUGGAUAGAAUUGGACAAGUGAUAAAAUCAUGCGUCCACCCUGACCCGAGAGUUAGACCAGCAAUGAGAGAAGUGGUGGCAAUGUUGUGGGAAAUAACCAGAAUUACGCGCGACGUGGCAAUCCCGAAAAUUUCACCUGUUUGGUGGGCGGAACUCGAGGUUCUAUCUACUGAUGCAAACUAAAACUGUAAGUACGAGCUCAAGCUUUUCUUGUUUGCUUUGUAUCUGAAGAAAGGUGAUGAUGAAACACAUGCCUUGUAUAUAUGAGGUAGAAGAUUUUAGGUUCGCCGUCUUAUUUUUUCGUUGGUCGUGCUUUUCAUAUGGCUCUGUUGAAGCACAUACCAGAAGCACAAAGAUCUGGAGAAUUCUGAGUAAAGUUUGCCUUUUUCUGA